AGCGCGCGGAGCGCAUAAAUUGGGUGAGAAAGGCAGCGCGAGCAUGCUGUUAGGAGUUGUCAGCCUCAGAAUUGGAUUUCUUGAAUAUAGUUACAGUUUCGGAGCAAAUGAGAACUGGGAGGACCACGUUUCUACUCCGAGAGCUUCUUCGCGGCAGCUCAAUUUAAACGGGUGUUUGAAAUUAGAUUUGAGUUAGAGUAGUCGUUUCAUUUUCGCAUGGAAUGCACCGUGGCGUCUCACUUUAGUUUUAGACAUCGUUAAUUGCAAGCGUGGAUAUUACCGACGCGCUGCGUCCACGAACACAACUGGGGGGACAUCGCUGCAUAUAAUCUCCGAAAUACAUUAAAGAAUAGAACAACAGACACACAUAUGCUACUCUAAAUGGCUUUCCGUCUCUGAACAGCGGAAAACCACACAGACGAGCCUGUAUAAUUAAAGCUUGUGGCAACAACACAACACGGACGAUUAUUAUUUUCUUGUUGCAAAGCAAUUUCUUCUCAGAGACGCGAGCGGCGCGCGCAGAAGUGUGCUGGAGCCGAGAACGGAUCGCCUGGAGCCGGACUCCUCGCUCCUCAGGACGAUGGUGUUAGACAAGGAAGAGGGUGUGCCGAUGCUCUCAGUCCAGCCCAAAGGAAAACAGAAGGGAUGCGCCGGCUGCAACCGCAAGAUUAAAGACCGCUACCUGCUCAAGGCCCUGGACAAAUACUGGCACGAAGACUGCCUGAAAUGUGCCUGCUGUGACUGCCGCCUGGGGGAAGUGGGCUCCACCCUCUACACCAAAGCCAAUCUCAUCCUCUGUCGCAGGGACUACCUAAGGCUCUUUGGUACAACGGGGAACUGUGCAGCCUGCAGUAAACUGAUCCCAGCCUUUGAAAUGGUUAUGAGGGCCAGAGAUAAUGUUUACCAUUUGGACUGUUUUGCCUGUCAGCUUUGUAACCAGAGGUUUUGUGUGGGCGAUAAGUUUUUCCUAAAAAACAACAUGAUUCUGUGUCAGAUGGACUAUGAGGAGGGGCAGCUCAACGGGAGCUUUGAGACACAAGUUCAAUAGCCAAUCAAACGAUGGCAGCGGCAGCUCUCGGUCCACACACACACACACACAAACACAUGCUUCUGUGCGAUGGAUGUUCUGCUGCACUCAGAGAGAAGAGCAUCUGUCUGCUUGCCUGCAAUACUUUUUACAGUAAAAGCCCUAUUGGUCCCUGAGGACUCUAUUGUAAAUGUACUACUUUUUGGCCCUUCCUGUCCCCAACACUGAGCAGUUACACGUUUUGAUGUACAGUUGUGCCUGCUUAGUUGAGCACUGUAAUGCCUGUAUGGUUUUUGUGAUGUUUUUCUGUUUUGGUCUCUAACUAUUUCUCUCUCCCUCUCUCUCUCUCUAUCCCUCUCUCUCUCUAUCUCUUGUUCUUCUAAUGCUUCUCUGAGGGUAUGUACAGUCGGUUUUCUGUAUAUAUAAACUGGAACAUUUAUUUUAUGAAACUGUAAUGCAAUUUUAUUACCAGUGUGAAUUAAAAAGAUUCUUAAAUGUU